AUGACCCGCUCCAACCCCCAAAUAACACACAUAGUCCGCAUCCCCCUCUAUUACCGCACAACCUCGUACCCCACCCCCCCACCCCAAACCCACCACCCCACUACAAUCGCAACCCACAUCGCCCUGCGCACCCACCCCAAAACCACGCACCGUAACAACAAAAUCCUCCAGGACCUGCGUGCAUGGGGCUGGACCGUGCAAACCCUGCCCCCCACGGCGCCCCCGACCACGCCAAACACGACGCUCAACGCCUGGCUCGAUGCCUACGGCGCCAUGGCCAGACACGCGUCUUGGGACGCAGAUAUCUGGUGUAUUUGGCAGAGGGAGCAUGGGUGGAGGAUUGGGCAGCGGGAGGGCGCUGCGAGGGCGCAGGCGGAGAUGGGGUUGAGGCUGGGGGAACGGACGGUGCGGAGGCUGAAGAGGCUGGGGAGGUGGUUUGAGGGCGGGAGGGGGAGGGAGUGGAUGGAGGGCGAGUUGCGGCGUGCGGAGGCGAGGCGAGAAAGGGAGAAUUUGAGAAGAUAUGAGGGGGAAGAGAGAGAGAUAAAGGAAGAGGAACAGGAAGAGGAACAGGAAGAGGAACAGGAACAGGAAGAGAAAGAGGAAGUCGGAGAGCAUGAUGAGUAUGAUGACGGAGAUGGUGCCGAGGGGGUAGAGGGUACGUCCGCAAGAGGCAGUUUUGACCAGCCAGAGGAGGGCCUACACAAAGACAGGAGGGACAGUGCGAUGUUUUUGUGA